AUGGAGAAGGCGCCGUGUGUGGAGACGAGCGGUCCAAGGACGGCUAUGUCCGGGUUUUUGGCUUAUGUGGCCGAGUCGGACUACUUCGCCGACAGGGAGCUCACGUACGACACGGCGGACGGGCCGGUUACCCGCCGAGUAUCGGCAGGUGUUCCACAGGGGUCCAUAUUGGGCCCCACAUUGUGGAACAUUAUGUACGACGGCGUGCUAGCCGUAGAGCUCCCUGAGGGCGCCUCCAUCGUGGGAUUCGCCGAUGAUCUUGCGAUCCUGGCAGCGGGGACAACACCGGAGCACGCAGCAGCGAUUGCGGAGGAAGCAGUGGCUGCAGUCAACAGCUGGAUGGUGCAGCACCAUCUCUCCCUGGCACCGGAGAAGAUGAAGCUGCUGAUGGUGUCGAGCAAGCGCAGCGGUUAUAAAAACAUCCCGGUGAACAUCUGUGGAGUGGAAGUGCGCUCGAAGCGGUCGAUCCGCUACUUGGGGGUCAUGCUUCACGACCACCUGUCGUGGCGCCCACACGUCGAGAUGGUCGCGGACAAGGCCCUCCGUGUGGUGCGAGCAUUGCGUGGCGUCAUGCGCAACCACAGCGGCCCCCAAGUGAGCAAGCGGAAGCUGCUCGCCGCAGUGGCCGCGUCCAUCAUCCGCUACGGCGCACCUGUCUGGGCGGAAGCCGCGGACCUGCAGUGGUGCAGGCGGAUUUUGGACCGCGUGCAACGGCCCUUGGCCCAGGGUAUCACGAGCGCCUUCCACUCCACCAGCUGCGAGGUAGCGGUGGUUCUAGCCGGAGAACUGCCCUACCAUCUCCUGGUGAAGGAAGACGCCCGCUGCUACAACCGACUGCAGCUAAGCCCGGACAGCAGUCGAGAGGCGAUUCGCCAGGAGGAAAAUGAGUCAUCGCUGCAGCUGUGGCAGCAACAGUGCGCAGGGUCGGUCGAGUCGGUGGCCCACGUACUCUUCGAGUGUCCCCACUUCGCAGAUGUUCGGGUGGAGUUACUGCACGGCGUCGACGAGGACAACCUCGGCAGUCGUCUGCUGGAGAGCGCGGAGUCGUGGGACCGCAUCCAGCAAGCGGCUCGGCGGAUCCUCUCCGUGCUGCAGGAGGACUGGCGGCAGGAGCAGCUUACCUUGGCAGUCGCUGAGGCUGCUCAGCCAGAUCCAGCAGCCAGCCCGCCCGAGGACAUGGCGGAGGCAGAGCGGAGAUUGCUGAGGCGACGAGAGGUGCGCAACCGCAGCGCCCGGCGAAUGCGGCAGCGGCGUCGGCAGGAGCGGCUCGGCGAGAACGAGGUCGUUCCGGCAAUCAUGGCACGCGCAGCGGCCAACGACGCAGCGGCCAAUGACGCAGUGGAGCCGACAGGGGAGGUCGAGGAGGAGGAGGCCAGCCCUCCAGCGCCAACAAUCCCCCCGCGCAGCCGGGGAUUGCCUCCCUCCCCACGUACGUUGGAGAUGCGGCGACUUCGUCGGAACUAUAUGCAACAACUGUACCGCCGAAGACGACAGGCCGGCGAGUUGGGAGCUGUUCAGCAGGGUCGCCAGCGACGCGGAAGAGCCCCACCUUCAGCGGCGGAGAUUGAGCAGCGUCGCACCAAUAGGCGGAAUAGGGAGAGGCAACGGCGGCUGGAGCAACGGCAAGCGGAAGACGAGGCUCAGUCUCCCCCGUGGGAUGAGUUGCCGAGCUCUCAGCUGGCCGAAAGGAGAGCUGGCCUCACGGAGGACGAGCGAGCUGCCGUCACUUCGGCGAACACUUCGGCACGCUGA